GGGAAGUGGAAGCGCCGGGCCCUGCUGCCGCCGCCGCCGCCGCCGCCGCCGGAGGAGAGUCAGACACAGCGGGACCGACCGGGACUGGAAGUGGGGCCGCCGCCAUGAGUGACCAGCAGUUGGAUUGUGCCUUGGACUUAAUGAGGCGCCUGCCUCCUCAGCAGAUCGAGAAGAACCUCAGUGACUUGAUUGACUUGGUCCCCAGCCUAUGUGAAGAUCUUCUGUCCUCUGUCGAUCAGCCCUUGAAAAUUGCCAGAGAUAAAGUGGUGGGAAAGGAUUAUCUUUUAUGUGACUACAACAGAGACGGAGAUUCCUACAGGUCACCUUGGAGCAACAGGUAUGACCCUCCAUUGGAAGAUGGGGCCAUGCCAUCUGCUCGCCUGCGUAAGCUGGAGGUAGAAGCCAACAAUGCCUUUGACCAGUACCGAGACCUGUAUUUUGAAGGUGGUGUCUCCUCUGUCUACCUCUGGGAUCUGGAUCACGGCUUUGCAGGAGUGAUCCUUAUUAAGAAGGCUGGCGAUGGAUCAAAGAAGAUCAAAGGCUGUUGGGAUUCCAUCCAUGUGGUGGAAGUUCAGGAGAAAUCCAGCGGCCGCACUGCCCAUUACAAGCUGACCUCCACAGUGAUGCUGUGGCUGCAGACCAAUAAAUCGGGCUCUGGCACCAUGAACCUCGGAGGCAGCCUCACUAGACAGAUGGAGAAAGACGAAACCGUGUGUGACUCUUCCCCACACAUAGCCAACAUCGGACGCCUGGUAGAGGAUAUGGAAAAUAAAAUCAGAAGUACGCUGAAUGAGAUCUACUUUGGGAAGACAAAGGACAUUGUCAACGGGCUCAGGUCUGUGCAGACUUUUGCAGACAAAUCAAAGCAAGAAGCCCUUAAAAACGAUCUGGUGGAGGCUUUGAAGAGGAAGCAGCAAAGUUAAACUAUUCCUCCUGCUAACAAGCCGCGCUGUGCACUCACUAGAUUCCUUUCUUAGAGAACUCUGCCUCCGCCACCCUCCCCCCACGUCACAUAACAAUCUGCUUCCGAGCUGGCCAUCUCUCCCGUGAAUAAAGCUGUAUAAGCCUUCUCAGUCUGA